CGGGGACAAAUGUCUCAGGUGCACUCCCAGCUGGAGCUUUCUUGGGGUAGUAUCUUUGCUGCAGGUGCUGCUUGGCUGGGGUCCUUGUCGCCAGGCAAGAAGCCCUUUCAGGUUUGAGGGGAGCCAUGAGCCGGUUCCUGAAUGUGUUGCGAAGCUGGCUGGUUAUGGUGUCCAUCAUAGCCAUGGGGAACACGCUGCAGAGCUUCCGGGAUCACACUUUUCUCUAUGAAAAGCUCUACACCGGCAAGCCAGACCUGGUGAAUGGCCUCCAAGCUCGGACCUUUGGGAUCUGGACGCUCCUCUCAUCGGUGAUCCGCUGCCUCUGUGCCAUCGACAUCCACAACAAGACGCUCUACCACAUCACGCUCUGGACCUUCCUCCUCGCCCUGGGACACUUCCUCUCCGAGUUAUUUGUAUAUGGGACCGCGGCUCCCACGAUUGGUGUCCUGGCACCCCUGAUGGUAGCAAGUUUCUCAAUUCUGGGGAUGCUAGUUGGGCUCCGGUACCUAGAAGUAGAACCCGUAUCCAGACAGAAGAAGAGAAACUGAGGCCAACAUGACCACCUCCGAGACUUCGUCUUCCAUCUUUGCUGUCUUCUUCCUUUAUCCUCUCUGUGCUUUAAUUCCUUAUUUUCUGCUCCAUCAUCCGCCCCCUUAUCCACUAAUAUUGCCUUUUACGUUUUGCUUUGUUUUUUUUACAUUUAAAUUUUUUUAAAGUUAUAACAUGCAUACAGAAAAGUAUGGACAAUUUAAAUUAUCAUUGUAAAGUGGCCACUCUGUACCUCCAUCCAGAUCAAGAAAUUGUCAGCACCUCAGAAGCCCACUGUGUGCCCGUCCCUCACCUGCAGCCUCUUCCAGGAUCUUUUUCAGCCUUCUGGCUGUUUUCCUUUUAUUUCCAUCCCCCGAUUUGACUUGUGUGGUGGGAACACAUGGACUGAGAAACUUAAAGCUGCUGCCUCACCCAGAGCAGCUGCCACCAAGGGCUGUUUCAAGGGGUUGUCCAGCCAUGCUGGGCUCCUCUCUGCUGCUGGACCCAAGACUCUGAACCAUCCAAGAGGGACAGGAAGUUCUUCUAAGAAGGGCUCCCCUGUGCGGGAACAUGGCUUAUCUCCUGUAUCUGCAGGGAUCAGCGGUGGAAGAGUCUGGGCUGUUUUUAGACCUUCUAGUCAGCUGUAUUUGAGUAACAAAUUUUGUAAUAAACAGAAAAACCCUC